AUGGGUACUCGCCAUGCGAUUCUUGCUUUAGUAGUUGCUAUUUUUGCUACCUCCUGUUUAGUAUGUGCCGAUGACAGCACAGUGUCGUACUACAUGCUGGGGGUUUCAGGCGGCUUGCAAGAUGGAUACCCGCAUCGGAAGAACCUGGACUAUACGAAUCCCGAAACUGGCGAAACAGUCAAGGCAAUACUACUCGGAAAAGUGUUUGUUCGGGGGUACAAAUCAUACAUGGAUGUAAUGGAAUCGGAAUGGCGGCAAUACGUGCCUGACAGUGAAGGAAAGCCUUUAAUCAACCCAGAUGUAUUUGCGACUGGAUGCCACGAACAUGCGAACGAACAUUUCAUUUACCUUGUUGACAAACGUCAGCUGAUAACAGCGUUGAUGGAAGAGCCACGAUUCCUCUCAAUAACACCGGAUACAGGACUUGUCGAGAUAGAGCAUUCUUCUCCACUUAUUCAACAGAUUGCAUGGCAUGAAAUACGACAAGGUGGCUUCACUGAUAUGAAACGCAUUGCCUUUCCGCUGGUAACUUCUGUUUGGUUUCAGCCUACUGCCCAUUUCCCUUCUCCCAUUGUCAAAGAAAUCGAUGGGGCACAAGUCACAAACUUCCCCGAAAGCUUGGCACUCUUUGCAAAUGCCAGCGAUGCGGAUAGGCUCGAAUAUAUUGCGGCCCAUGACGAAUGCUUGUUAAAGGCCAAACCGUCAGUAGCAGACUGUGAUAUGACGACACACCCAAGCUACAAACGUUACUGGAAUAGUGUGGUCAAAGCCAUCAGAAAGGCAGAGACAAACAGGGAGGAGUUGUCCGCAGAAUCGAACCCUACUAUCAAGCCCAUGUGGCAGUGCGAAAAGUAUGUUCGCUUUGGAACGUCUUCACAAAUGGCAAGACUCAACUACGAAUUUACAAGAGACGGAUUCCGGGAGGUAUUAGAAUCACUGCCUGCGGUGGAUGGGAAGAAAUAUGAUGUGGACUUUUCGGAUGGAAAGAUUAUGACAGCAAAGGGCGCCGCCGGGUUGACAAUGGAACUGUAA